AUGGCAACAACAAACAUUGUCCAAGAAAAACAUAACCAACAUGAAAAGUCACAAUCACAACAAGAGGAAGAUGAAACAUUGUCUCUUUGUGAUCUUCCACUACCUCUGAACAACACAUGUAAAGAACAACACUCUCAGAUCAAUGAAACAACACAUGAAGAAUUCAAUUUCCGUUCUUGGGUUGGUCUCUUUUCAACCGAACCAGAAAUGUGUGUAGCAGAUGAAAUUUUCUUCCAAGGACAAAUCCUCCCUUUAUCGCGUCUCUCGUUUAGCUCAGAAGCUGGCUUUUCAUCCAAUGAUCACGGUGUGGUCCCUACACCAGAAAUAGGACUGCAAGACCUAAAGGUUCGUAGCAGUAAUCAUAGAAACUGUGUAAGUCGGAACAGUAGUAGCAGUAGCAACAGCAAUAGUACGAAAAGUGUGAAAAUGAGUGAGAAGAAGAACGAUGAUGGUGGAAAGAGCAAUCAUGUUUUGAAACGCUUAGUUGGUAAACGAGGUGGUUUGUUGAGUGGUUGUGAUUGUUCUUUUGAAACGGUGGUGAUCAAUGGUAGUGGUGUUAAAAGUGGUUACAAGACAGAAAGUACUACGAAGCACGCUGGUAAAGAAAAAGUGAUGGAGUGGAAGAAACAAAAGCAAAGGCAAAAGCAAGGUAAAAAGGUUAUGUCACGUCGUAGAACGUUUGAGUGGCUUAGAGAAUUGCAUGCAAAUCAUCUUGAUGAAGAGGCUUUGUUGGCAAACUCGUCAUGA